AAAACGUUUGAAAUUAUACACUUUUUUUGGAUAACUUGUCUUAAUUCCAUCAAAGAUGCUUAUCCAAAAAACAGAAACCCUCAUCCCCUUUGAUGAGCAUGAGGAGCUCAUCACAGCCCUCCUUGCUGGGCGGUGGUGGGCAGUGAUGGAGAUCGAAGACCAUUUACGCUCCUCAUGUGAGAAGGUUGAGUGUGGGGACCUCCCUAUAGACCAGGAAAUAGAGGCCCCACAAGGAGCACCUGUUCCUGUCAGCUCCACACAGGAAGUGCCUGUGCCUUCCAGGAUCCUAAAAGGACCAGUUGUUCCCAACGGGUCCCAACAGGAAGUGCCUGUGUCUUCCAGGACCACAAAAGUACCAACUGUUCCGGACAAGUCUCAAUGGGAAAUGCCUGUGCUUUCCAGGAACCUUCAAGGACCAACUGUUCCGGACGAGUCUCAAUGGGAAGUGCCUGUGCUUUCCAGGAACCUGCAAGGAGCAACUGUUCCUGACGGGUCCCAAAAGGAAGCACCUGUGCCAGCUAGGCCCCCACUGAGGCAAAAACUGAAGAUCCCUGAAAAUAUGAGGCAGUAUCUGACAAGGAAAUCCAUCUUAACACCUUUGCCUUUAAGGCAACCCAUGGGACGACCUAUACCCCCAGCAUCCCUUGAGCAAGCACCUGUGCCUGUUGCGUCCCCCGAGGAAGCACCUGUUCUGGCCAGAACCCUGCAAGGAGCAACUGCUGCCAGUGGGUCCCAACAGGGAGCACCUGUUCCUGUCAGCUGCAAACAGGAAGUGCCUGUGCCUUCCGGGAUUCUUAAAGGAUCAGUUGUUCCCAAGGGGUCCCAACAGGAAGUGCCUGUGACUUCCAGGACCACAAAAGGACCAACUGUUCUGGACGAGUCUCAGUGGGAAGUGCCUGUGCUUUCCAGGGACCUGCAAGGAGCAACUGUUCCUGACGGGUCCAAACAGGAAGCACCUGUGCCAGCUAGGCCCCCACUGAGGCAGAAACUGAGGAUCCCUGAAAAUAUGAGGCAGUAUCUGACAAGGAAAUCCAUCUUAACAUCUUUGCCUUUAAGGCAACUCAUGGGACGACCUAUACCCCCAGCAUCCCCUGAGCAAGCACCUGUGCCUGUUGCAUCCCCCGAGGAAGCACCUGUUCUGGCCAGAACCCUGCAAGGAGUAACUGCUGCCAAUGGGUCCCAACAGGGAGCACCUGUGCCUGCCAGGCCCCCACUGAACAGAAAAAUAAGGGUCCCUGAAAAUAUCAGGCAGUAUGUGACAAGAAAUAUCAUCUUAACGCCUUUGCCCCUAAGGAAACCCAUGGGACGACCUACAUCUUCCAGGACACCUGUUCCCACCACAUCCCCUGGGCAACCUGAUUCUGUUGCAUCCCCUGAGGAUGCACCUGAUCUGGCCAGGACUCCUGAGGAUACACCUUUGCCUGGUGCAUCCCCUGAGGGAGCACCUCUUCCAACCAGGUCCUCUGAGGGAGAUCCUCUUCCAGCCAGGUCACCUCUGAAGUCUUUCGUGCUUGCUGCAUACCCUGAGGAGGCAUCUGUACUCACCACCUCCCCUGAGGGAGCACAUCUUCCAGCCAGAUCCUCUGAGGCAGCACAUGUGCCUGCAGCGUCCUUGGAGGAAGCACCUGUUCCAGCCAGGUCACCUCUAAAUGCAUCUGUGCCUACUGCAUACCCCAAGGAGGCAUCUUUACUCACCACCUCCGCUGAGGGAGCAACUCGUCUGGCCAGGUCCCCUGAGAGAGCAUCUGUACCCGCUGGGUCUACUGAGGUGGGAGCACCUCUUCUGAACAGGUCCUCCAAGGGAGCCCCUGUGCCUGCUGCACCCCCUGUGGAAGCACCUGUACCGUCCAGGUCCACUGAGGAAGCACCUAUGUCCUGUGCAUCCCCCAGAGAAGUACCUGUACCCACCACAUCCCCUAAGAGAGCGCCUGUGCCUUCUGCAUUGCCAGAGGAAGUACCUCUGCCUGGUGCUUCUUCUAAGGGAGCAACUGUGUCCACUGUUCCAGCCAGUUCCCAUGGGGAAUCAGCUACACCCGUCACCUCCCUUGAUGGAGCACACAGACUUACCACACCCCCACAGGGGUCACCACGGAAGAGGUCAUUCCCAUGGAGCAAUGAAGCUUCAGACAAUGUAGGCAUGGUUUAUCUUCCUCCACUGAAAAAACAAUGUAUGGAGAAAGACUCUACAGCCUCUCCAUGUUCUCAGCACACUAUGAAGAGGAUGUGCCCAUGGACCACUGGAGAUUCGGACAAUGAUGUGCUUCAGCCUCCUCCACUUAAGAAACGAUGUGUGAGAAAAGCCCAGUACCUAAAGAGCACACAUGUAAAGGAUUGUGUACGUCAGCGAUUUCCACAAAAACAGCAGAGCAUCAAAUGA